AUGAUCAUCAAGAAACACAACUGGAAAUUCAGUCUUCACUCGAAGAGUGGUGUGAACUCAGAGUGCAGGCAUCAAGGAAUCUUUCAGGAGGAGUCCAGUUCAGGACGCUACCAACUGAACUUCCAGGCAGGAAUCAAUCUCUGCCAGAGCCUGGGGACCACCCUAGCAACAUUAGAACAAGUGAAGAGGGCGCAGAGAGCUGGCUAUGAAACCUGCAGAUAUGGAUGGAUUCAGGGUGGUCUGAUUGCUAUCCCUCGAGUAGUCGGCAUCCCCAAUUGUGCGAAUAACUUUAGAGGGGUCUACACCAUUCAAAAACCAUCCAAUGAUACUUUUGAUGUGUUCUGCUUCAAUGCAACAGAUUAUGAAAGUUGUAGCUCUGAGAUUUCACCACCAACACAGUCUCCUGCUGACCCCAAGGUGAUCAGAGUCAGCCAUGUUCUCACCACCCAUGGAAAACACACUCCCAGCAGCUUACAGACUAGCAGAGUUAUCGAACACCCAGCAACCCAAGCAGCAAAAAGUCGCAAUGUUGUUACUACAGCAACCGUGGCAGCGGAGAGUGAAUCGCCUACCCUCAGGCCAGGACCUGAUGAGUCUUCACCCCAAGGUUCAUCACCAUUACACAUCCAGUCAACGGUGUCACCUUCAGGGAAAUCAGGAGCUACAGAAAAGCAGCGAACGCGAGCUGUAUUCAGUGUGACCGCAGGCUACACAGCAGAGCUGGGCAUGUCUUCCACCAUGCCAGGAUUUGUAGCAAGCAACCUCCCUGAAACCAUGUUGCCAAGUUUGCAAAAGAAUACCAGCGUGGCGACGAAUGGCUCUGGGUACAUUGGCGAUAUGAAACUGUACAAUGAGUCAAACAAGGAAACAGCAAUAAAAAUAAAGAAUCAAGUCACAGAAACCAAAUUAGAACAUCGUUCAGAGACAGAUUUGACCACAAUAGACAGCAUCACUCAUUCUUCCCUCUCUGCACUGAUUUCAGACAACCCCCUUGAAGUGAAUGUAACAAUGAUCCACACCAAGGUCCACAAAGAUGCAUCAGAUUUCCGCCUCACUUCGGAAGAUUCGUUAAUGUUGCAAACAAACACAGAAAGUGGACGCAAGGAGGUGGUCGGUGUAACCGCCACACGGUCUUCUGAAACCACACAAAAGCCUACAAUGGUUGGAAUACACAGGGUUGGGACAGUGUCCAUGCCAGUGACUCCAAAUCCCACUGAGCUACCUCAGGAAACCGUUGCUGGCACCAGACUGUCUCAUUCUGAACCUGUGGUGAAUGACAGAGUGCCAAUCCCUGUCUCACUGUCUCCAACUUACCUACCUACAGAAACUGGGAAUAUUUCUGAAAUGGUGAGCUCCGAAUCUGCCCAGGUGCACUUGGAUCAAGUGAAGGUCACUGCACUUGAUGCCAGAUUGAUACCUUCUGUUGCAGCGCUUUCUGAUUCACCGGAGAAUGGAAGUGCUUUGGAUUUGCUGACGACAGAGCCUACAGAAAUGCUCAGAGAACACAGUACAGACUUGGGUGGUCAUCAAAGGUUUUCUCUCACAGCAUCUCCAGCCCCAGCUGACCUAUUUACAGAAAGCAGGGAUGGUCCCACAGCGAUGCUGAGGUCAGAGACACCACGUCCCUCUCUCAGGCUUCCUCCCAACCUUACAGUGACUACUGGCAUUGCAAGAAUAUCCACCAUCCAAACGGCUAUCCCAAGUUCCAAAUGGGAGAGCCAUUCCGCAGCCAUGGGGACUAUUUCUCAGGAUGUUCGGGUCAAACCAGCUCCAUCUGUAAGGCCCUCUGGCUAUUUGUCUAAAGCAACCACAUCCUCUUCCACCAGAGUGGACCACCCGACCUCCCCUUUGCUUCAGUUAUCGGAAAUGGCCUUGACUGACAUCCCAAGCAAUAGUAAAGAGAAGCACAAAGUUAAACUAAUGGGUCCUUCUUCCAGAAGGAACACGGUUCUGUUAAGGUUAAUGACUACGGGGCUAUCAGAUACCAUCAGGACCCAUGACUUUGGACAAUCUGCCACAUCUCAGCCGAUGACCAAUCCAAUCACAGCAGGUACAGUACAGGACGCUAAGCCAAGCAGCACCAAAACAACAGAUCAGUUUAUUCUGGAUGAUCGCUUUGGUUUAAAGUUACAAACACCGCCACCUGUUGGAGAGAAACCUCCUGAAGCAAGUUUUGACUGGCUGAUCGUGGUGGGAAUUAUCGGGUCUCUUCUCAUCAUUAUAUUUGGCGGACUGCUGACUGCAUACAGUAAAAGGUUGUGUGGACGGAAGAAAAGUUUAGCUAUCACAAGGCCCCAGGAUGAUAAUGCAGCCAUCAUGGACAAUGGGAAUGGGAGAGACCUGGUGGAUGAAUCUGGAGUGAAAGCCGAUAUAAAGAGGUCAGACGAGUGGAUCCAGCUGAUGAGUAAAGAUAAUGUGGAGGUUGUAUCGGAAUCAGCCGAAGCUACCCGGUUAAUGAGUGGUGAAGAAUCAGGACAACCGUCCGAGAGGGAAAUGUUGACGGCCACAGCUGCUGAAGAGGACAGGAGCUAGCGUGGGAAUCGUGGUGGUGACCCAGUUCUGCUCCUGUCAGCACUCUCCAUUUGUCACUGGCUCAAUGCAAAUCUACUAAAUGUGUCUGUCAGCACUUUGAUAAGCUGUGUGUAAAAUCCCGCAAAGUUCUGUAAACACCAGUGGCUACGAUGCCUGCUCGAAAGCACCAGUAUAUCUGCAUAAGCACAGAGUGAUCUACCUUCCCUUCCCGUGUUGAACUGCAUUUCAUUCCUUGGGUCCAUCAAUAUGUUGAAUAUAUCCAACUGCUUUGCUCUCAUAUCAGCCAGUGUCAACAACAUGCCAUCCUCACACGUCGUCUCUGUCAUUGUUGGUCCCUUUUUCACUUCAGGUUGCCCUCAUUCUCUUCCCGUGUUGGAAUGUGUAGUUGCAAUGUUGUGGCUUGAUGCUUUCAUGUCAGAUCCUAUCAGUCACGUGUUGGAUCAAUUCACUUGUGUGUCACUGUGGUGUCGAGCUUUUCCACCUUGCUGUCAGACUAUGCCAGUGCCCUGGGCUGUUUUCAUAUGAAAUGCUUCUCCUUCUCCAUCAGCUAUCACUCCCCUCCCUGGAUUUAUCCCUAUUAUUCUACACCCUGGGACUGAGGGGCCAAAUGGAUAACAGCCUGUUCAAUAAGCUGUAGGGAAAGGGAUGUAGGACAAUGGCCCCAUUUGGAACAAAGUGAGAGACUGCUUUAAUAGAGCUAGGAUAAUAUUGAGAGUGACAAAUUCACUUGAAUCAGGAUUCUUAGCAAAGCCACAGUGAAGUUAGUCCGCUAAACUUUAGCCCUGUUUAAAUUCACAGCACCCUCCGAUUUCGUAUUUUUGAAUAAACUGCCAAUCUCCUCUCAAAGAUUGCGAGGAGUCAGGAGUAUGGAAUUGAAUGAAGCAGGGAGUUUUAUCCCAUAGAGGGAGUCAGACAGCAGUGUCAGAACGGCAGCGAUAUGUUUUAUUCACAACCACCUGUACUGAGAGUGUUUGAUCCCAGUUCAGAGGGAACUUACCCCGGAUUUAAAAUUCACUUCACUUCUCAUUCAGUGGCUAAAUCUGAAGAGUGUCUAAUUCCCAGAACCAAUAAAUCCCCAUGGCCUUUUGGAGAUGGGCUUCAUCAUAUUGAGGAACGGAAAAUCACUGUAAAUAUAAUAAAAUAGUCAACAGUCCAGUGUAUGAAGGAAUGAUGUGUUAAUAGUUUGUUUAUACUAUACUUCUAUUUUUAAUAACUGCUUGUAAUAUUGUGCAAUGCCAGUCUAGAUAACAAUGUAUUGGAGCCUCCUGGGCUACCCCCUCAGAGUAAGGGUAUGCUGUUUGAGCACCUCAGUGUUGCAGACUGCAGCUCACUGUCUUUGCCAUGUCUGUGAGCUGCAGGAGUUGUAUAUCCAAUCCAUAGUCUGUCUUAACCAUGACUGAACCUGCUCCCUGUGCAAGUGAGAGGCACCAUUCACACAGACCAGUGUCCUGGCAAUGUCAACACUCCCAACAUUUUAGACUUCCAACCGACCACUUCCAGCCUUCUCACCCGUCCACCUCCCCGGCUUGGUUUGCAUUUGAAGAGGCAGAUUGGCGUUUUGG